GUCUGGCGUGGUAUCAUUUUAUAGCUCUGAUAAUGCAGAACGACAAAAUGAGGGAUUCUGAAAGCUUUGAUUAUUUAUUCAUGAAAGGCACCGGUUUCCUUCAAGCAUGUGUAAAUCUAAGAGAGGACGCCAGCAAGGCAACUCCAGUUACAGUUCGACACGGAACCAAGAACAGUAGUGCUACUCCUUUAAGAAGCCGCUUUAAUAAACAAUGAACAUCUCAUAUUGACAGCAUGACAUCACCGCUGUUUUUCCCAGACAGAGGCAACAUGCACGGAGGAUGCUGGGACCAUAUUGUCCGAGGAGGAGGAUGCACCAUCCGUUCUAAUAGCGAUGCACUCAUAUAAACGUGAAGCGUUUGAGACGCGGCGUCGUUGAACGGGUUGAUAUUCCCAGCGCAGACCGUUAAUAAAUGUGUGUCGCUGUGUGUUAAAUAGGAUUAUUUGGCAGUGCAUAUCCUGUAUAGCCGAGCGUACAGUGACUGCAAACACAAAAUGGGCUGGAUGUGCAUUAUUGGAGUGGAGUGAACCCGUUUUAUCGGCUUUAACUGGGGCUUGGUUGGAGGACUGGACUGAAUCGUCUCGUCUGGUUUCGUUCGCUGGUGUUGGAUGGGAAGGGCUGCGUUGGAUGGACGUUAAAUAAGGGCUUAAAUAUUUUCGCUCGAAACAAAUUCCACUGCACCGUUCUCUCUGUUCGCGCGCCCGGCGGGAUGCGGCUGCGCGUCGAGGAGCUCUCCAAGCUGUUGUGGUGCUGACGCGGCUCUGAGCGAACGCGACGCGACGCGAGCAUGGCUGCGGGGAAGUUGCUGCUCUACGCCGGUCUGUCUCUGUCCCUCUGCGCGCUCGGGAUGCUGGCCGUGGCUAUCUGCUCCGACCACUGGUACGAGACGGACGCCCGGAGGUACCGAGAGCGGUGCCGAAGUUUCUCCAGCCGCCGGAAGGACCCGGGCUUUAUUUACAUCCCCAACAACAGCCUCCCUCUGCGGGCGAGCCGCUCGCGCCUGGACCGCUGGGAGGAAAAGCUGCUGCUGGCGCGGAACAGACGGCAGCUGUUCGCCAUGAGCGCCGCCGAUGAGUGCAGCAGGCAGUAUAACUCCACCAACAUGGGGCUGUGGAGCAAAUGCCAUCGUCUUGGAUUUGAUCAAGAUAUCGAGGACCUCAUUAGAAAAGGGUCCAUUGCAAGAUGCUCCUAUAUCAAGUACCACUACUCCUCGGCCACAAUACCCAAGAAUCUCUCUUACAACAUCACCAAGACCAUUCGUCAGGAUGAGUGGCACUCUUUGCAUCUGCGGAGGAUGACGGCAGGGUUUAUGGGAAUGGCAGUGGCCAUCAUCCUCUUCGGCUGGAUCAUCGGGAUGCUGGGAUGUUGCUGGGACCGUGGCCUCAUGCAGUAUGUGGCAGGUCUGCUCUUCCUCAUGGGCGGCACAUUUUGCAUCAUUUCCUUGUGCACCUGUGUAGCAGGCAUCAACUUCGAGCUGUCCCGUUACCCUCGCUACAUAUACGGCCUCCCAGACGACAUCAGUCACGGGUACGGCUGGUCAAUGUUCUGCGCCUGGGGCGGUUUGGGCCUGUCCCUCAUCGCCGGCUUCUUCUGCACACUGGCGCCCUCCGUACAGCCGAUCCCUCGCUCCACGUGCCCCAAAUCCCGUCAAGAAAACGGCACCGUGUGUUAAGGGACGCCCUCUGAAAAUCCCCGUGCCCUGCGUGUGCAGCUGGACAAUGGGGGACAAAACGCAUUUAAAAAAAAAAAAAAAAAAAAAAAAAAAAAGACCAUAACUGAAGAUUAAAAUCAUGUUCAUUUAGAAUCAUUUCUAAUCUCACCAACCAGGCCAUUUUUAACCACGUGUGUGAAUCUACAGCUGAGUGUCCUGAUCGUUUAAAAAGACAAAAAAUGAAUAAAAUAAAUAACUAAAGGAUAAUUGUAAAGAUAAUAUCAGUGGGACUUUCCGUCGUCAGGAUCCUACACGGCAAAACGGUCAUUCUUUUAAAAUUGUGACUUUGGUGAGCACAAGAAAAUGAUGACGAAUGAAGCAAAAAACAGACAGUAUUGCUCAUUCUGAUGCUGCAAGGAUGAAUAUUGAUGUGUUUGACGUCUAAAGACUGCCAAACCCGGACAUUAUGGUAUUUGUAUCUGGACAAGUAUGGAGGUCCAGUGCCAAUGUUUAAAGCCCGGGAGUCCGGACAAAUCAGGAGCACCAGAACCAUGAGAGGACAACGACUUUGAUGCGAUUUGGAUCUGUUGUGGGUAAAUCCGCCGAUUUGUCUCGGACCCUGGAGACUAUCGCAAUGCCUCUUGGGACGCGGCUAAAGGACCCGCUCGUGCAUAAGCGAGGAAGAUUUCAGGAAUCGGAGAUGCCUGCUCGUGACGUUAUGUUGCUAUGUUUGUACAGCAAAUUGUAAAGAGAAAAAUAAUACCUAUAAUAUUCCAGAAGAGAAAACAAACAAAUCUUAAUGGGAAGGACAUUUUUUUGAACAUUUUCCAUGUUUCAUUUCUUAUUCAUGUCCAAACGGUAUCAAGUUGGACAUUUCUAACAUGCUUUCGAUUUUAUUAUGUGCUUCUUUCUUUGAUUUUUUUUUUUUUUUUGUAAUUACGGUCAUCGUGAGUGUGAAUGAGCGAGUAGGAAGUGUGCAAAUUCUUUAGCUACUAUCAAUAUAGUACGUGUGUGAGAGUUUUGUGGUCUCCAUAAGAAAAAAAAGAGGAAACCUAAAUAGAAUAAUAAUUCAUAAAAUCAAAAACCUGCCUUGGGGGAAAUCAGGUGGGCUUUUGUUGAACCAAGAAUUACUGGAAAGGAAAGAUGCCAUAUCCUGUUUUAGACAGCGAACACUUAGUCCCUGUAGACACGACUGACGUAGACAGAAAGACAACUCAACAUCACACUGUUACUGCCUUAAGCUUGUCUGGAAGGAGGCAUUUAUGCCAUUUGAUGGGAACGCAUGCUGACUUCUCUUCUGAAAGCAUCUAUGCUCUGACAAAAGAAAUCCUCAUUUGUAUCCAACUUCCUGCUCUGUUUAACCAUGCGUCUCUUUACUUAAAGGGAACUCCCUAAACAGGAUGUGGUAUGUAAGUGCCUCGUGAUUACAUGAGACAGCAGCGGUGCACAAAAGAGGUAUAUCUGAGGAAUCGCGACCUCGAAGUGGAGGACGGGCGGCAAGCACAAGCUUAAUACAAUCUCUAAGCUGACGUGCGAUUGGUUCCCUCAAGCUGUUUUUGGAAUUUCUCUUCUUGCGUAUUCGUUUUCACAAUCUGAAACUUGCUAUAAAUGCAUAAAAAGAUAUAUAUAAUAAUUCGAGCAGCCAUACAACAGCGUGCUGUGAUGAGACGAGAGUCGUGGGUCAUUGGCGAAUCGCCACACUCAUUCAUCCAUGCCAUAAAACCUACUCUAGGAGAUUUAGCUUUGCCGCAAGACCAUGUUUACAGAUUUCUAGAAGGGAGAUUUGCCAAAAAAAUAAAAAAAAUAAAAUACCUGCCAGGUUUCUUUUAUAGACUUUCUCUGUUCCACACAUUAGCAUGACAGCCAGCGGCUCAACUAGCAGUUAGCCUGAUGUCCAAUUAAGUCUGUCAGGUUACUGCUGUGCUAAGAAUGGGCAAUUACAUAUUUAAAGACUCCAUGAAAUAUUCCUUUAUUGACUUUGAAGCCAUAUAUAUAUAUAUAUAUAUAUAUAUAUAUAUAUAUAUAUAUAUAUGCUUUAUAAAACACACA